UGUAAAUAAUUUGAAAUUGGCGAAUUUAUUUUCAAUUUUCAAAAUUUAACCACAGCAGCUUCAAUAGAGGCGCGUCUACGUGCUAUGCAACGGAAACUCUCCGAAAUUGCAGAAAUACCAAAAAUAUUGUCAUCAACAUUGGCAACAGUAUCGCAGACAUUUGAUAAAUUGAUGCCAAACGAGCAACAACAGCACCAGCAACACCAACAACUUCAACAACAGCACGACCAACAGCAAAAGCAACCAAAUUUUCCAGUUAACAUAACACAACAAAGAAAAUAUUCCUACGACGAGGAUGCAAUUGAUUAUGAAUUGAGUGAUGAUGAUAACGAUGAAGACGCCGACGCUGACACCGAUGAUGACUAUGACGACCGCAGCCAUACGCAGGGCAAUGGAAAAUAUGUCAAAGUUGUGAAAUUGCGUCAGCACCUGAAAAAAAUUAAACGCACAAAUUUAAAAGAAGCCACCCCGGAAUCUGAUUAUGCCUCGGAAGCUAAUACAUACGAAGAAAAUGACAGAGACGAUGAUAACGAUACACUCGAUGAUAAUGAUGAAAAUGAAGACAAUGAUACCAAUGAAUAUAAUUGCACGUUGCGGCUGGAGGCUAUAGACGAUAAUGAAAGUGAUUACACGUCUGAGCAGGAAGACAACGAUGAUAAGCCUGGCCAAUUCAAUGACAGCAGCGAAUGUGAGUUAGAAGAUUAUGAUGAAAACGACAGUGACAAUGAGAAUGACGAUGUAGAUGAGGAUGAUGACAACGAUGACGCUAACAAUGUCGAUGAAAGUGAUAGUAAUUGUUAUGGUGACAAUGAAGCAAAUGAUGAUGAGGAUUUCUAUAACACCACAUUCACUUGGAAUAUGAAAAAAAUACCAAAAUUACAUUUAAACGAUGAAGACAAAGUAAAGCAUAGAAAAUUAGAGCACGAAGAUGUUGACUUGUUUAAAGGCGUAAAUGCAGAAAAGAAGGACGAUCAGCAGAUUGUUGUGACAACAAUAACCAAUGGAGAAAAUAUACUUAAACAGGAAAAGCAAGACAAGGCACCAUUGGAUAAAUUCGAACGUUCUUGGCCGUGGGCUGAUCGUGAGAAAAUCAUCUAUAAGCAAUCAACUUGUCAUCUUGUACCACAAAAGCCAUUGGGACUUAUCGAGAAACGUAUACAAUUGUUAGCUCAACGAAAUUUGUUAGAUAAUCUGGAGAAACUACAUAAACAACAGAAAUAAGCCAUAAUAAGAGUCCUCAAUUCAUUAUCAAAAAACUGCCUAUAUUGUAUAAAUAAUCAUAACAUAUUAUAUAA